CUUCAAGCGAUACUAUGGCAACAGCCGGGAAGGGCGGAGCCAAGCAAGUGACUGCAUAAAGAAAACUUUGUUAGCUAAAUGCUAACUUAUUUGUGCAUUCAGCGAUGUGAGUAAGCUGCAGUGGCGCCUCGAAGACCUUCGGGAAGAUGGAGUGUUCUGGAGAAGAUGGAGACCUGUGUCAGUGGCCCRGUUCGGAAAGCACCACAACUCCAUUUAAUAGAUACGUGACAGAACAGACCUGGGAUAAGAUGCUGAUGACCAGCAGGAGUGUCCUGAAAGAACGAUUGCAACAGUUUGUGGAAGAGAGGAUGCAAACCACCAUGCUCACAGGUGUACUGAUUGGAGCUGCAUUUGCAAUCAUACUGAUUGGGAUUGUGGUGUUCUUCCUCUACAGAAAAUUCAAACUCGCUCGUGAACAGCAGCCUGGUGUGCCUCGGUAUCGCUUCAGAAAACGAGAUAAAGUGCUCUUCUAUGGAAGGAAGAUAAUGCGAAAGGUCCAGACACUUUCCUCGACUUCCCCUUCCUCCUCCAGCUCGGUAUCAAAGCAGCCGCAGCGCAUACGCAAAAGGACCAAAGUUUUAAGCAUUGCUCGCAAAAUUCUGAGGAUUCGCAAAGACCCUCCCGCCCUGCAGCAUAAGGAACCCCCUCCAUCGCUGCUGGAGGCAGACCUGACAGAGUUCGACGUGCAGAGCUCCAACCUYCCAUCAGAGGUUCUCUAUAUGCUGAAAAAUGUCAGGGUCUUGGGUCAUUUUGAUAAGCCUCUGUUUCUGGAGCUUUGUCGCCACAUGGUGUUUGUGGAGCUGCAGGAGGGAGAAGUAAUGUUCAGGCCAGGAGAUGAUGAUGACAGCAUAUAUGUGGUGCAGGAUGGUCGACUCGAACUCUGCAUUCAAGAUAAUGAUGGCACAGAAGCGGUGGUAAAGGAUGUCCUUCCAGGAGACAGUGUCCACAGCCUGCUCAGUAUUCUGGACAUCAUCACCGGAUACCCAGCUCCUUAUAAGACCGUAUCAACACGGGCUGCUACUCGCUCCACCAUCUUACGCUUACCUGCAUCAGCCUUUGAGUCAGUUUUUAAGAAAUACCCUGAGACACUUGUGCGCGUCAUCCAGAUAAUCAUGGUGCGACUCCAGAGAGUGACCUUUUUGGCGUUGCAUAACUAUCUGGGCUUAACGACCGAACUCUUCAAUCCGGAGAGUCAGGCUGUGCCUUUGUCUAACAUAAACUCUGUGAUGGCCGAGGCAAAUUCUGGAAAGAUGACACGUCGUCUCUACUUCCUGGAUGAGUUACCUGCAGGGACCACUGAGAGCACUUCAGAACCAGAUAAUGUAAAGGAAAGUCCCUCAAACAGCUGCAGGAGAGUACGAUCCAUCUCCAUGCCCACAGACUGUGCUGGAAAUGACCUGAACAUGGCGUGUGAAAGAGCGCGAGUGACUAUAGAUGAAGCUCCACCGAGUCCAGUCACUCAGAAAUCCAGUUUAAAGAAAAAUGUGACCAUGCAGCACACAUCAGCUGAAGCGCUUCAGUGUGCAGACAGUGGAGGGCCGUCUGAUGCUAUCCACCUCAAUAAAAGCAACGCGAUCCUCCAGGCUGCUAAGAAAGACCUGCAGGAAAUCAUCCAGCUGCAGGACCCUAGUCUACUUGAAGGCAGAGUGACUCUUCAUCAUGUCAAAGCUGGCUCUGUUGUAGCUCGUCAGGGAGAUCAGGAGGUGAGCAUCCAUUUUGUGAUUUCAGGCCUCCUACACGUUUACCAGCGGAUGAUUGACCGUGAAGAAGAUACGCGUCUGUUUGUGACGCACCCCGGGGAGCUCGUCGGUCAGCUUGCAGUCUUGACCGGCGAGCCCCUCACGUUUACUGUGCGAGCCCAGCGAGACUGCAGCUUCCUCUCCAUUUCUAAAACGCACUUCUACGAGAUAAUGCGAGCAGAACCAAAAGUGGUCCUGAAUGUUGCGCACACAGUGUGCAGGAGGAUGUCGUAUUUUAUCAGACAGAUAGACUUUGCGCUUGAUUGGAUGGCUGUGGAAGCUGGCAGGGCUGUUUACAGGCAGGGUGAGAAAUCCGACAGUACUUUCAUAGUGCUGAGUGGUCGACUGCGCUCUGUGAUCUUGAAGGAGGACGGCAAAAAGGAGAUGAUUGGAGAGUAUGGACGUGGUGACCUGAUUGGAGUGGUGGAAGCUCUGACCCAUCAGAACAGAGCCACCACUGUCCACGCUGUCAGAGAUUCUGAGCUGGCCAAGCUACCAGAGGGGGCGCUCACCUCCAUCAAAAGGAAGUUCCCACAGGUUGUCACUAGGCUGAUCCAUUUACUUGGUCAGAAGAUUCUCCAGCAGGUCAACGUUCCUCUUUCAGCUCGUAGUUUGGCACUCCACACUCCAGGAAGCAAGUGGGAUGCAGGGAAUCAAGCCUCCAACCUGUCCACUGUGGCAGUUCUGCCUGUUUCUGAAGAGGUGCCUUUGACUGCCUUCACUCUGGAGCUGCAGCAUGCACUCCAAGCUAUAGGACCCACACUUCUGCUGACCAGUGACAUUAUCAAACAGAGACUUGGUGCUGCAGCACUAGACAGUGUUCAUGAAUACCGAUUAUCCAGCUGGCUGGGCCAACAAGAGGACAUCCAUCGCAUAGUUCUUUACCAGACUGACUACACACUGACCCCGUGGACUCAGAGGUGCAUCCGUCAGGCUGACUGCAUCAUAAUUGUGGGAGUAGGGGAGCAGGACCCUGCUGUUGGGGAGUUGGAGCGUAUGUUGGAAGGGAGCGCGGUGCGUGCCCAGAAGCAGCUGGUCCUGUUGCACAGAGAGGAUGGUCCGCCGCCCCAAGGGACCGUGCACUGGCUCAACAUGCGAAGCUGGAUYUCCAGACACCUCCACCUCUCCUGUCCCCGGAGGGUUUUCUCUAAAAGGAGCCUUCCCAAGCUGUUGGAACUGUACCAAAGAGUGUUUGAGAAGCCAGCAGACCGCCACUCUGACUUUUCCCGUCUGGCUCGCAUUCUCACAGGCAAUGCCAUUGCUCUUGUUCUCGGAGGAGGAGGGGCUAGGGGUUGCUCCCAGGUAGGAAUCAUGCGAGCCCUCUGUGAGGCCGGGAUUCCGGUGGACCUAAUUGGUGGUACUUCAGUGGGUGCCCUGAUGGGGGCACUAUACGCUGAGGACCGCAGCCACAGCCGCAUGAGGAUUAGGGCCAGGGAGUGGGCAAUGGAAAUGACUUCCAGGUUCAGGAAAGCCCUGGAUUUCACGUACCCAUAUGCCUCCAUGUUUACCGGUGCUGCUUUCAACUCCGGCAUCAGUAAUGUGUUCAAGAGCAAACAGAUUGAGGACCUUUGGAUCACGUACUUCAACAUCACCACUGACAUCACUGCGUCAGCCAUGAGAGUACACACUGAUGGGUCUUUGUGGCGGUAUGUCCGUGCCAGCAUGUCUCUGUCGGGCUAUCUGCCUCCUCUCUGUGAUCCCAAAGAUGGACACCAGCUGAUGGACGGAGGCUACAUCAACAACCUACCUGCUGAUGUGGCGCGUUCCAUGGGGGCCAAAGUGGUGAUUGCUAUUGACGUGGGCAGCCGGGAUGAAACCAACCUCACUAAUUACGGCGACUCCCUCUCAGGCUGGUGGGUGCUAUGGAAACGCUUCAACCCCCUGGCUGAGAAAGUGAAGGUGUUGAACAUAGCGGAGAUUCAGUCUCGGCUGGCUUACGUGUGCUGUGUGAGGCACCUGGAGUCUGUGAAGAACAGCGACUACGUCGAGUACAUCAGGCCUCCCAUUGACAGAUACCGCACUCUGGAGUUUGACAAGUUUGAUGAGAUAGCCGAAGUGGGAUAUCAGCAYGGCAAGACUGUGUUUGAUGUGUGGAGUCGCAGUGGUGUAGUGGAAAAAAUGCUAAAAGACAGACACCAAGAGGAUUUCCACAACAUCCAAAGGAAGAGCAAUGUGUUGACAUGUCCCAAUGCUUCCUUCACUGACCUUGCAGAAAUUGUGUCCCGCAUCGAGCCCGUCAAACCUGCACUGAUGGAUGAGGAGUCAGACGACCACACUGACUAUGAAGAGGAGGCAUUGGAGAGUGCCCUGUCUGACAUGGACAUGUACAGUCACUGUGAAGAGCACACUGAAGGGGAGGAAACACCUGACACGGAUGAGGAGCUAGAGGGAAGAGACACGCCUCUUGUCACUUUACUGAACAACGACCACCCUCCGCCGGCCCCUCACAGUCCAUCAGAGGAGCCGACAGACCAACAAGUCUGUUCCAAACAGUCCAUUAAGUGAGGCGCACUCCGAUGAACUCUACCUGAACAGGUCGACACACUUAACCCUGCUUUCCCUCCUCUCUGUCCCCGAUGCUUCCACCUGUUUAUCCAGUCCUGGGUGCAGCCUCUCUGACCAGGCCUUGUUAGCUGCGUGACUGACAUGACAAAGGAUCAGUUCCUUCAACGCAGCAGAAACACAAUACACCCAGCUGCAAGCUCUUAUUUCUCAUAUUGAGAGUGUUGAGAGGACUUCCUAAUGAUUCAUACAAAACACUUGUCUGGUGGAAGACGCGGGAAAUCUGUUGUUAAACCAAAGAUUUAGGGAAAUAUUAACACACACUUUUCUGAAGCAACUGCAGUGCACAGAAUCCCAAAAUUUAUUUUGAAAUUAAAGUGAGCACUGGAAAACAGACUUAAAUAGUGUCAGUUUUUCCACCUAUUUAGUUUUUAAUGUAAAUCUUGACAAGCUGCUAAGCUAAAACAGGUAAAGCACCUCUGUGUUCAUGUUCUUACACACAUGCAGUGAUCAUCAGAUUUAUUUGUCAAACACUAAUAACAAAAAAAUAAGAGCACACAGAACAAGCAACACACUUUUUGUUCCUGACUUUCAAUACAGAUUUGUCCCACGCUGUCCCUUUGUCCCUGUGCCAGGGACAUGCAGGGACUUAAUGAUUUCUGUCCAUUUCUGAGCACUAGAUUGUCUCUCGAUGAAGCGAGAGAGCUUCCACCUUUUUGUUUUUCUGGCUUGAAUCUAUCGGACAUGAAGUGAGCAGCAACAAAAGGUCAGAAACAUGUUUUGUCACAAAUUAUUUGGGUUAUUAUGUUGUUUCUUAUUUAUUGAUUUUGGAUUAUUUUGUGUGAACUAACUAUUACAAUAUUAUGUUUGUUGUUUUUUUGUUUAUUUAUUAACUUGGGUUAUUGAUGGAAAAAAGCUUUAGAUGAAUGAAUGCACAAGCAUUUACAUUAUCUUUAUUUUCUCUUUGUCGCAGUGUUUAAUGCGUUGGUUCGCACAAUACAACCAUUCCUCAUUCAUUGCACUAAAUUGCAAUGAUUUUCCAGACUUGACUCAAAACUUUGAGUGUUUUUUUUCUUAUUUGCCUCUUCACAUAGCACCUCGUUGUGUUGACUGUUUGUGCCAUCUUUAAUCCCGGUGCUUCAGUUUCCGCAGCCUUACGUGUGCAGACAGACAGAGACAAGCUGUGAUAAACACACCAGUAUGGUGUUGGUGAAAAAGAGUCUGGACAGAAAAUGUGUGAGCACACCGGAGAUAAAGAAAUAUUGUUGCUGUUUCACCAACGAGGUGAUGGUGUUUGCAUAUUUUCUUCUUCUUUAAAGCCGGGGACAAUGAAUCAACGUCCUCUGGCAGGAUGAAUGUUUCACUACUUUAUUAAAUGGGUCAUGGUUAUUAAUCAAGUGCUGAUGGAAAGUAUGGAGCUGUGCCAUGUAGUUAAUGCAACCAAGCCUUAGAUGACCUGUGUGGAAACACUGUUCAUGCACUUGUUUGUUAGCAUAUUGUAAAAAAUGUUCACUAAUAAGCCUAUAAAAUUAUAUUAAAUACACAUUUUUGAUCAGCUGUUACCUAUAAACCACUGUUGAUUGUCUGA